AGUCAAGGUUUCCAACUGCGAAGUCAAGGAGGACAAUGCGAAGCUGAACGCGGACCAGACAGCCAUCGUGACCUUGGUGUGCAUCUUGACGGCCAUAGCGAUAGCCUCGACUGCAGUGGACUUGGUCAAGAGGGCCAUGCGAAAGCCCGAGAAGAAGGAGGCAGAAGCCGAAUCUCUCCUGUCUCGCUUCACGACGUCCUUCUCGAUGGUGCGGAGCCUGCGCAGCGUCUUCCGGCCCGAGACCAGCCUGGGCCCGCUGAGUGCCCUACAUGGACUGCGUUCGCUGACGCUACUCUGGUUCAUGCUGGGGCACAUCUUCCUGUUCGUCAACUACCAGUUCUUCCGAAAUCUGAUGAUCGCCGUGGGCUUUGCCAAGGACUUCUCCUUUCAGAUGGUCAUCAACUCGACGCUGGCCACGGACACAUUAAUCUUUCUCAACGGGCUCCUGUUCGGCUACCACGGCCUUGUGGACCACGAGUCGACCGGCAGACGACGGCAGCCUUUCUUUAGCGUGCUCCACAAAGCGUUCAGGGCCGUGGUGUCGAUGCUACUGGCCACCAUGGUCGCCAUCUUGCUGCCCGUCAUCGGAUCCGGCCCCAUGUGGAAGGAGACGAUGGACAGUGUGGCGCAGAACUGUCACGACAACUGGUGGCUCAACGUCCUCUUCGUCAACAACAUUUUCGUCGCGCCACACGAGCGGUGUAUGGAGAUCACCUGGUACUUCGCAGUGCUCAUCCAGCUGUGCCUUGUUGGCAGCGCCGUCAUAUUUGUCCUGCAAAGGCGCUUCUUCUUGGGUGUGGUUCUGAACGCCACCCUGGUGGCUGUGGGCAUCAUUUCUAUGGGCGUGCUGACAGCCACCUACAAGUUGCCACCCACCGUUCUCUUCGCGCAGGCUGACAUCAACUCGCGGCUCAUGAUGGAAGACAUCAUGUACCAAAAGCCCUGGGCUCAUUUAGGCCCCUUCUGCAUUGGCAUUGGCCUCGCUUGUAUCGUCACACGAAAGCCCGUUGUCACGCUCAACCCGAUCCUGCGCGCAUUGGGUUGGGUCUGCUCAUUCCUCUGUGCCGUGGCGGUGGUGUUCGGCGCAUACCGAUGGAACUGCGGCGACGGCGUGGACACCGCGCAGGCCGCGCUCUACGCAGCCGUGCACCGUUCCGUGUGGGCCUUCUCCGUGGCGUGGGUCGCCUUCGCCUGCAUCACCGGGAAAGCAUGGUUGGUGGGCGACUUCCUGUCCUGGCCGGCCUUUGGUCCCCUGAGUCGCAUGGCGCCGCUGGUGUUCCUCCUCCACCCGCUGGUACAGAACAUCUUCACAGCCUACGUCCGAGAGAGGGUGCAGGCAGACCAGCUGAUGGCGCUGUUCCUGUUCUGCGGCCUGAUCGUGCUCGGUUACCUGGGCGCGGUGAUCUGCAGCGUGCUGGCCGACGCCCCGCUGCACUCCCUCGAGCAGCUGAUGUGCGAGCGCCUCGGCCUGAACGGCGUCGGCCGCGAGGGCUGUCCGCGCCGCUUCCUCGAGGUGGCCAAGCCGGUGCUCAAGGCACUGCCGCUUCCCAGUUGCACCAAGAUCACCAUCCUGGGCGAGAAGGCUCAACCCGCGGCGGCCGCGAGCACCGACGCGAACCGCCUGCCGCCCGAGUGUCGCCUCUAGGACGCGAAGGACUCUUCUGCACGGGGCGAAGCACGGGUAGCGGCGGCAAGGCCACGCUGUCCAGCUGUGACAUUCGUGCUCUGCGCUUUCCAAGAGAUCUACGCGUUCGUGUGCUGCGCCAUAGAAGGUGACCGCGGGCGCCCCGCGAUCGGAGGCGGGCCCGAAAAGAGAGGAGGAGAAAACGCCUCGUCCCCUUCUCCCCACCCACCACUUUUGUUUCUUGCACUCAUACAGGGGUUGGAGGAGGCCUGAAUGUCCGCGCGUUUCACGCGCUCGCCCGCGUCACCAGCCAUUUUUGUCCAUAGGCGGCACGACGCGCUUUCAUGGGGCCCUUGAUUCGUCAGGUUCAACUAACUGCAACUGUCAAUGGGCCUCUCUUCAUUUUUUCGUCCCAUAAGCAGCUAGCCCGCGCGCAUCGCAGGUGGCUAUAGUUACGCAUUGUUCUGCCUUGUGCACUCGGCUGCUGCGAAGUCAUUUAUGUAUUCGCAUCGUGGGUUCAGGUACGCCUCUGUGACGGUGUGGAAGUGCUGUCUCAGUUGGCUGUAUAGAAGCACGCAAAAGAAAAAUUCAUUAUUCAUUUGUGACGGUCGCGCGCAGCAUUGCUGUGGGAUGCCCCUUCAUUGUGAAUAUUUGACGUCCUUGGGUAGCACUGGAGACUAUUUCUCUACAAUUUUCUCGCCAGCGGAUCCAUUGACCUUCGCAAAUCGUGUAGCUCCACACAUAGUGGUCCUUUCCAACGAAACAUGUCUCUGGAAACAGUGUGCGCUCCCACAAAAUUUGAGCACCAAAACUAAAUUAUAAUGACACAGAUCAAGAACCGCAAUCAGAAAAUUGCUUGCUUAUGGUAUCAUUGGUAGGUUGCUUGAACAUUCAGCCCUGCUCAGGCUUGCGCGGUGUAUACAGUUAACGACACAAGCCUGCAAAGUGCAGCAGGAGCCCAGCAAUGCUAGAAAACCACGUGUUUCAAGCCGUGUUGCCGAGUAAGCGACUUGCUUCUUGAGUUUCUAAGCUGGAGUUCGGGUAUUUGUAUCACUAAAAAGUACAGAUACAAGAAACUUCCACGCUUAAUUAGCAAUGUUUCACAUUGGAGGUGUCAGAAAUACAAGCUUAAGGUAGCUUGAAUGCCUGAAUGUGUCAUGGUCACAUUUCUGCGCGUACGUACGAUGGCCCUUGUGUGUUGCGCCUGAUGAUGGCAGUGAUCUUCCUUGCAGCAACCUUACCGAGGCAAUAAAUUCAAAAGAGUUAUUUCUCGGCGCUGGCAAGCCAAUGGAAUUUGACGCGUUUCUAAUCUUUAGGAAACCAAUUUUUGAUGCCAACAUUCUCUCUUUUUUUCGUGGAAAUCUCUCAAGUUUUAAGGGGGGAAGCGUUUUCAAUCCUGGGUGCACGCUAUUAAAGAACCGUGAUCAUGGCGCUCCUCGCUUGGUGACACCUUCGUUUGUCGCGAGCUUCAGAUAUCAGCACAUUCUACUUCUUUACACUGUUGGUACAGCGUAAAAGUGGGGAUGUUCAGUGCUGAAAAGCGAAAGGUUUGGAUAUUAGGUAUAUCAAUUCUUGCAUGAGCACUACGAAGAGUACAAUAAAGGCCGGACAUUUACGUUUAAGAAUAACAGUCGGGCAUAUUUCUUUCUGCUAAUGCCGACUGAAAUCAGGUCCUCGAUCGCUGAGUGCACAAAUAAUACCUAAUGGCCACGCGUAUGGGAAAGCCGUUUCCUGUUUUCAGCACGAUUAAGACUUUGUUUGAAGCACAGUAGGGCGUACGCGGGGGCGAGGAUGUUCGCAUGACUCUGCUUGGAGCGUACUCCGCGAAGUCCCAAUUUCUUUGAGUAUCUUACGCACAAAGCUUGUCCGACAUGGAGCACUGCUUGGUAUCUUCGUCGAGGAUUGAGUACAGUGGAUACCGCCGGUUAAGCCGCGUCGCAAGCAUCACGUAAGGCGCGAUUUAUUCAGUAUUCCCACGCACACAGAGAGUUACAAGAGCUUAACGAAUCCGAUUCCGGUUUGUUCCUAAUGUUCCUAUUCUGUUUGUUUGCACUUCCCCUCGUGUACGCAGUGGGUGAAGCGAAACAGUCGUUGCUGUGUCAUACAGAGAUUAUGAAGCAAUGUUGGUCACGUUUAUAAAUAUUUUCACGUAGGAGAUAUUUUCUGUCGUUCUUCCGACCGUAAGCCGAUCGCACGGUGAGAAAGACGUUGUUACGUUGGUGGAGCCAGAUAGUUUAUAUUUUGUUGAUGGGGAUUGAAUAGUCUUAGUUUUACACAAAGCGUAUAGGCCAAAGUUUCUGCGCAAGUACCGAGCGAGAAUACCCUGCGAUAAAGAGAACGUAUCGACGGAAAGCAUUUGCAUAGUGCCAUUGGCAGCCAGUGAGCUUAAGGCAGUUGUUUGCUACCAAGUAUUCGUGGAAGGGCUUGUUGUCACAAGUGCUUCUUAUACCUGUUGUCUGAUAACUUCCUUGUUAGCGUUUAUUGUCUCUUUGGUCUUUGUUUCCAACCCAAGAGCUGUCGCUCAGGUCGACUCGUUCCAAAGCGCGACACACCUUGUAAAUAAAGACGCGCGUCCCAUGGAAUGGUCACGCUUUAUUUCUCUUCUCAUUCCCUUCCAGACUGUACAUACCGACAAUGUACCCACAAACUUAUCGAAUAAAACUAAAUACCCUGUUUUA